AUGAAACGCCAGCUCCGACAGAGUCUGAAGUAUGCGGCACGGUCGACUGCGCAACCGACGAGGCGCUGGAUCAACUAUGGCCAUGAUAUGCACAAGGAAAUGCUUAAUGGUACGGCCAAGGUCUCCGUGACCGAGUACGACGAAGGAGGUUUCGUCGUUAAUGACGUGAACAUGCGCGGAGGAGUGGUGCUACUCUCAGAAGUUGCCAUGCUUUGGAAGCCGAAGAGGAUCGAGGAGAUCACGCGCGAGCAUUUAGCUGUCUUCACAGUGUUUAGUCCACCAAUCGAGAUUCUGGUGCUUGGCUGCGGUGAGCUUAUCAACCACGGAAUAGCACCAGAGCUCAAAGAGAUGCUGAAGGUCAACGGCAUCGUGGUAGAAUAUCUGGACAAUGUCAAUGCCUGUGCCACCUUCAACAUUCUAAAUGCCGAGGAUCGCAGAGUGGCUGCUGCACUGCUGCCGUACGACGCUGAUGUCGUUCCUGACGCCAUCAAUGAGACCAGCUAA